AGAAUUCCCAGUGUUUCUUCUUCAAUGCAGAGCAAAGAGAGCAGCGUAAGAAACUGGGUGAGUUGGUGAUCAAGUUCCUGGAACGGGAUCUUCAGCCAUCUUGUCAAGUUGUCUGUCUGGAAACCAUCCGAAUUCUUUCAAGAGACAAGUAUGGAUUGUCUCCCUUCACCAGCCGCUCGGCAAUGCAGAUCCUGGCCCAGUACGCAGGGUUGGACUACUCGGAAGAGACGGAGGUGCCUCGCAUGCCGGACAGUGAGAGUGUUGUGGAAGCUUUGAAGGCUCUGUGUAACAUUGUCUAUAAUAGCGUGGAGGCUCAGGAAGUGGCCAAGGAGCUGCGACUGGUGUGUGGCUUGGCUCGGCGUCUCAAGCUCUACAAUGAGACCAGGUUGUCUCACGAAAGCAAAUUUUUUUGAUCUCCGCCUUCUUUUCCUCCUCACGGCACUAAGGGUAGACGUCAGAAGACAGCUGGCCCGGGAGUUGAGGGGCGUUAGUCUGCUCACUGAUGCUCUAGAAAGCACCCUUGCCUUGAAGUGGUCUGAUAUCUACGAGGUUGUUACAGAUCAUCUUGCUCCACCACUUGGCAAGGAGGAGACUGAGAGGGUGAUGGAGAUCCUGAAGACCCUCUUCAACAUCACCUUUGAUAUCAGCCGCAGGGAAGUUGAUGAGGAAGAUGCAGCGCUGUAUCGCCAUCUUGCGGCCAUACUUAGGCAUUGCUUACUCAGACAGAGUGAUGUGAAGACAGAACAGAAGAAUUCCACGGGCACACGGUAAACCUGCUGGUGAACCUGCCCCUCAUGUGUCUGGAUGUUCUGCUGACACCUAAAGUCGAGCAUGGCUCUGUGGAAUACAUGGGAAUGAACAUGGACACAGUGGAGGUCCUGAUACAGUUCCUGGACAGGAGGUUGGAUCGGGGUCACAAGUUACGUGAGACUCUGACUCCUGUCUUGAAUCUCCUGACUGAAAGUUCACGGGUCCAUCGUGAGACACGGAAGUUCCUUCGUGCAAAAGUAUUGCCUCCUCUGAGGGAUGUAAAGAACCGUCCAGAAGUGGGGAACACGCUGCGCAACAAGUUGGUCCGUCUGAUGACACACGUGGAUACGGAUGUAAAGCAUUGCGCUGCAGAAUUCCUUUUUGUCCUUUGUAAGGAAAAUGUGUCUAGAUUUGUGAAAUACACGGGAUAUGGGAAUGCGGCUGGCUUGCUUGCUGCCAGAGGGCUGCUGGCAGGUGGACGUGGAGAAGGUCGAUACUCUGAAGAUGAAGACACAGACACAGAAGAGUACAGAGAAGCUAAAGCUAACAUUAACCCAGUGACGGGACGUGUGGAGGAGAAACAGCCCAAUCCCAUGGAUGGCAUGACGGAGGAGCAGAAAGAGUAUGAAGCCAUGAAGCUGGUCAGCAUGUUCGAUAAGUUGUCAAGGGAACAGAUCAUCCAACCAAUGGGAGUAACGUCUGACGGGAGGCUGGAACCUCUAGAUGAGUCUGCUCAGAGGAUGCUGCAGCAACAGGAGUCGUCUGACUUGGAGACUGACUCGGACUAA